UGUUCUGAUGGUGUUCAUCAGGCAGGGACAUUUUCCAUCGCGAGUGAUGAUGUGAUGAAGAGCAGGCCCAUCAAGAAGGCCAAGCGUCGGGCUGCUGGUUCAGAGGGGCAGAGUGGAGGAGCAUUCAAAGUGUUUAAAGGGUUCUCCCUGGCCCCUACAUCGGGAACCGGGCCAGCCGCUGAGGGGAUCACAGCCUUCUCCGGGUUCGGGAAUGGGGUAGGGUUUAAACCCCUGUCUGGACUGUCCAAUGGGAACAGUGUCAAACCUGUCACUCCAGCCCUCACCGGGUUCACCUCUCCUACUGCCACCAAGACCACCACACCAGGUUCGUUAACAUUCAGCGGCCCCUCCUCCAGUGCUGUCAUCACAGGGCAGCAGUCUAAUGGUUCCUCCCCCGCGGUUUCCAGUCGGUCUCUCAGCUCCUCUCUCUCCUCUAACAGCGGUAACAACCAGGAAUACAGUAGGCAGCUCACAGCUCUCAACUGCUCUGUCAGGGACUGGAUCACCAAGCACGUCAACGGAAACCCUCUCUGUGACCUAAACCCCAUCUUCAGGGACUAUGAAAAGCACCUGGCCAGCAUCGAUAAGAAGUACGGAGGGAGUGGAGGGACUGGAGCUGCUGUGGUGGUGGACGGAGGCUCAGAGAGCAGUAGCAGAGCAGAGGAACCAGAGGAGAAGCGGGCAGUCAGUACACCACCACCACCCUCCUCCAGCACCGCCGGCCCGACCGCCGCAGCCCCGGUGUUCUCCUUCAGUAAGGACAAGGACGGCAGAGCCCCGGUGGACAGCCCAGCCGCUCCUGCUCCGAUCCCCGCUGGCAUCAGCUUUAGCUUGGGCCAGAAGGGGAACAGCUCAGUGUUGGGGACUCUGAGCACCGGAGGAGCUCCUAGUGUCUCCUCCUCCUCCCUGUUUGGAGGCGCUGCUCCUCCUGCCUUCUCCUUCAGUGGGGCCAAAGCGGAGGCUGCCCCCACCCAGACCACAGAUGAAAGCGGGGAGGAGUCGGAUGAACCUCCCAAAGUGGAAGUCCAGGAGAUUAAGGAGACUGACAGUUCUACUCCAAAA